AUGCUGAAGCGAGAGAGAUCUCCUGACCAGAGGGUCAUUCAUCCUCAGACUCAGUCCAAGCACUGCAUGUCGAAUGAUGAAAGUCACAUUUCAGAGCCUGCCUUUGAUGGGAGUUACGGGUCUAGCAAUGCGAUGAGACGGAUGGUCAGUUUGGAGAAUGAACAAGAAUCUGUUAGUGAUGGAUGUGAAUGCCAUGUGCAUGGCUGUAAUCAGGCUUUCGCAAGUGUAGAGGAUUACGAAGACCACUAUAACGUUUGUCACCGCUUCAUAUGUCGUUACUGUCAGCGUUUCUAUCCGACGAACCACCUACUGGAAAUCCACCUCGCGGAGAGUCACGACAGCUUUUUCUCACUGCUUUCACAACAGCAACCAAUGUACCGCUGCCUUGAGGAAAGAUGCAACGAUCGAUUCAAUGAUGCACGGGACAGGCUCGGUCAUCUGACCAGUUGCCAUGGAUACCCAGCAAACUUCUCCUUUGAUAGGAGGCAACACUCAAGAGUGGUUGAUGUGUCUGGAGGCCUUGAAGAAAGCAGAGAUGUAGAUCCCGGUGCCCAGAAGAAGAACAGAAUUUGCUGUCCACCUCAAACUCGGGUACCAGAUGUCAUAAGCUUUGGUAUAGGAGGUUCAGAACUGUUUCAGAGUCAAGGAAGUUGA